UGCCACGUCCCUCCAUGUCCUCUUGUGGUCCAGGUGCACAGCUGGUGCUGGACUAACAACUUCUGCAAUGUCCUUGAAUGAGACAAGAUUGGUCCUUGCAGCAGCUCGUGCCACAUUACUUUCAACUCGGCCAAUAUCAACCUUAGUAACUUCAUGUAUGCAAGCUCGAUGAUCUUUGCAUUGAUCUUCAACAGAUAUCACUUCCACGUGGUAGAAAAUCGAGCGCCUCCAACACACUCGAUUUGCCGCUGCUCUGGCUGCCGACAACCAUAUUAUACUGGCUUCCUAACUGCGCGAAGAUAUCGUGCAGUUUGUUCACUAUGGGUAUCACCGUAUUCCCCAGCGGCACCGCCGAUUUAUCCUCCGCCAUAAAAUUGAUGAGGUGAAGAUCGACGCAAUGUGGAAUUGUGUGUUUGGUAUGGAAGUUAAAACCCUAAUCAGGGGAUUGUAUAGGCGAUGAGGAUGAGAGCAGAGUCUCCUUCUCGUAGCAAAAUGGCUCGCCGUAGUUCAGGUGGAAGAUCUUCCCGCCCAGCUGCACGCAGCCCACCUCCUCAAAAAGUGAAUAGAGCUCCUCCUCCGGCCCCAGUCCAGGGUGGCUCCGGUGGAUCCAUGCUUGGUUCAACCAUUGCUCAAGGGAUGGCAUUUGGUACUGGAAGUGCAAUGGCACAUAGGGCAGUUGAUGCGGUUAUGGGUCCACGUACAAUUCAGCAUGAAACAGUUGCAUCUGAAGCUUUAGCAGCUCCUGCAUCUGAAGCCUGCAGCCCGCACAAUAAAGCGUUCCAAGAUAAUGUCUUGCCUUCCCUGCUUCGAACUUCGACGAGCUCUUGUGCCAUUUUUUCUGCAGACAGCCAUGGAAGUGACAUAACUAAGUGCCAGUUCUACAUGAACAUGCUGGCUGAAUGCCGCAGAAAUUCGGGUUCUAAUUCUAUGAUGAGCUCCUAAAUGCAUUCACUGCAGCAUCCACUCAUUUUUAGUAAUCUUUAUAGGAAUGUCACAAGGAUUCCUAUCAUUGAAUAUGUUAUUAGUUUAUUACACACCUAUUAUAGUGGCGGUCUACAGACCUUGUUCAUUGGGAAAUAAAGACAAUCUUUUAAACA